GCGCUGAGCAGCUGAAGGGAGCCGCUGACCAGAGUGGCAUGGAGGACCCUGCGGCAUCGGGGGCCGGGAGUCAGCCCGCCAAUGGCAACGGCAACGGCAACGGCGGCGGCAAAGGGAAGCAGGCGGCGCCUAAGGGCCGAGAAGCAUUCAGAAGCCAGCGGCGGGAGUCGGAGGGCUCAGUGGAUUGCCCCACUCUGGAAUUUGAAUAUGGGGACGCAGAUGGGCAUGCAGCAGAGCUAUCAGAAUUGUACAGCUACACUGAAAACCUGGAAUUCACCACUAACAGGAGGUGCUUUGAAGAAGAUUUCAAGACUCAAGUGCAGGGCAAGGAGUGGCUGGAGUUGGAGGAAGAUGCCCAGAAGGCCUACGUGAUGGGACUCCUGGACCGGCUGGAGGUGGUCAGCAGGGAGAGGCGACUGAAGGGGGCCCGGGCUGUUCUCUACCUGGCCCAAGGCACUUUUGGGGAAUGUGACUCAGAGGUCGACGUGCUACACUGGUCCAGGUACAACUGCUUCCUGCUCUAUCAGAUGGGGACCUUCUCGGCCUUCCUGGAGCUACUCCACAUGGAAAUCGACAACAGCCAGGCCUGUAGCAGUGCUCUUCGGAAACCAGCCAUCUCCAUCGCGGAUAGCACAGAGCUCCGGGUGCUGCUGAGUGUCAUGUACCUGAUGGUGGAAAAUAUUCGCCUGGAGCGAGAGACAGACUCCUGCGGGUGGAGGAGAGCCCGGGAGACCUUCCGCACUGAACUGAGCUUCUCCAUGCAUAGUGAGGAACCUUUUGCACUUCUGCUUUUCUCCAUGGUUACCAAGUUCUGCAGCGGCCUGGCUCCCCACUUCCCCAUAAAGAAGGUCCUGCUUCUGCUCUGGAAGGUGGUCAUGUUUACCCUCGGUGGAUUUGAGCAUCUGCAAGCUCUCAAAAUACAGAAGCGAGCAGACCUGGGCCUGCCGCCACUGGCUGAGGACAGCAUACAGGUGGUGAAGAGCAUGCGUGCUGCUUCCCCGCCCUCUUACACACUCGACCUGGGGGAGUCUCAGCUGGCACCACCACCCUCCAAGCUGCGAGGCCGCCGUGGUUCUCGAAGGCAACUCCUCACUAAGCAGGACAGCCUGGACAUCUACAAUGAGAGAGAUCUCUUUAAGACCGAGGAACCAACCACAGAGGAAGAAGAGGAGUCUGCUGGGGAUGGAGAACGAACCUUGGAUGGAGAGUUAGACCUGCUAGAACAGGACCCUCUGGUGCCACCUCCGCCCUCGCAGGCACCCCUCUCUGCUGAGCGGGUGGCUUUCCCCAAGGGCCUACCCUGGGCCCCAAAAGUCAGGCAGAAGGACAUUGAGCACUUCUUGGAGCUAAGCAGGAACAAGUUCAUCGGAUUCACUCUGGGACAGGACACAGAUACCUUGGUUGGAUUACCCAGGCCCAUCCACGAAAGUGUGAAGACCCUAAAACAGCACAAGUACAUCUCCAUCGCAGACGUUCAGAUCAAGAAUGAGGAAGCGCUGGAGAAGUGCCCCAUGUCUCUGGGGGAAGAGGUGGUACCAGAGACGCCAUGUGAAAUCCUCUACCAGGGCAUGCUGUAUAGCCUCCCCCAGUACAUGAUCGCUCUGCUUAAGAUUCUGCUGGCCGCAGCGCCCACCUCCAAGGCUAAGACAGACUCUAUCAAUAUCCUGGCAGAUGUCCUUCCUGAGGAGAUGCCCGUCACUGUUCUCCAGAGCAUGAAGCUGGGCAUCGACGUGAACAGGCACAAGGAGAUCAUCGUGAAGAGCAUCUCUGCCCUCCUCCUGCUGCUCCUCAAACACUUCAAACUGAACCACAUCUACCAGUUUGAAUAUGUAUCGCAACAUUUGGUAUUUGCCAACUGCAUUCCCCUGAUCCUGAAGUUCUUCAAUCAAAAUAUUUUGUCCUACAUCACUGCUAAAAACAGCAUCUCGGUCCUGGAUUACCCUUGCUGUACCAUCCAGGAUUUGCCAGAACUCACCACGGAGAGUCUGGAAGCUGGAGAAAACAAUCAGUUCUGCUGGAGGAACCUCUUUUCCUGCAUCAACCUUCUGAGGCUGCUCAAUAAGCUGACCAAAUGGAAGCAUUCCAGAACCAUGAUGCUGGUGGUGUUUAAGUCUGCUCCAAUCUUAAAGCGGGCCCUCAAGGUCAAACAGGCCAUGCUACAACUUUAUGUCCUGAAGCUGCUAAAAAUACAGACCAAGUACCUUGGGCGCCAGUGGAGGAAAAGCAACAUGAAAACCAUGUCAGCCAUUUACCAGAAAGUGCGCCACCGCAUGAAUGACGACUGGGCUUACGGGAAUGACAUCGACGCCAGGCCGUGGGACUUCCAAGCAGAAGAAUGCACCUUGAGGGCCAACAUUGAGGCUUUUAACAGCCGCCGGUAUGACAGACCCCAGGACUCUGAAUUCUCACCUGUGGAUAACUGCUUGCAGAGUGUGCUGGGGCAGAGGUUGGAUCUGCCUGAGGAUUUCCACUAUUCAUAUGAGAUCUGGCUGGAAAGAGAGGUGUUUUCACAACCCAUCUGUUGGGAAGAGCUGCUCCAGAAUCACUAAGCUCUGGUCUACAAAGCAUCUGAUAGAUAGGGGUUGGCUCCAAUAAAUGGUGCUCUGCCUACCCUGCCCAUUCAGCCUUUGUUUCCCGCUCUGGAAGUGCUUGUCCAGGGGAGAGCUGGCCCAGUCCACCGACAUCCUGUGGAGUUCGGGACACUCUGGGAGCUGCUGGGCCUGGAGAUAGUGCAAGCCUGGGAUCCUGAGUCACAAAAAAAUUGAUCAACUUGCCCUGGGGUCUGCUGGGUGCCAGGUGGCCUUAGAAAUCUGCUGGAUCGGUCCUGACAGGCUCUUUUGUGGGACUGCUUUUCAGUCUUGCCUAGAACCAGCCUGGCCUUUGUUGGCCCCAAGUGAGUGUAAGUUUAUUAUGGCAUUUGGCCCAUGGCAUUCAUUUGGCCCACUCCUAUUCAUGGUAAUAGGAGGUGCAUGUCAUAAAAGAGAACAUUGUCUUCUGCUCACCCUGGAUUCCUAGGAUUUACCAGAGGUUUGGAAAAACCAACUUUGAAAUUAAGUCUCUAUUUUAAAUGUAGAAUUUUGACACUCACCUCUUUCUAAAAUCAUUAGCUCUGAGAUGAUUUUAGAACACCUGCACCUGCUUUGUGAAGGAUGAUGAUUUACUAUUACCCAAAUACUGCAUGUAUAUUGUGUGAAGUGUUUUUUUCUUUAUUCCCCAAGAGAUCUGUGUUCAAUGUGAAAAUUAUUUCCUUGUGAAAAUUAUUUCCUUGUGUACUCUGUAUAGGGCAUGGAGUGCUCUGCCACAACCGAUAUGAAACAGGCCUUCAUGUUUUUUUGAAACUACCUUCGUCUUAAAAUGACUGCCUACACUGUAGAAAAUUAUUUUUUUCAUCCAAUUCAUUCUUUAAAUGACCAGUUAACUACAGAAGGGUUUAUUUAUUGAGGUGGUGUAUCCAUUCGUGCUCAUGAUCAAUUAUGAAUUGAACAGCAAGAGCAUCACAGCUUACCAUUUUUCUUCUAUACUGAUUGAUUUUUUUUUCUUUUUUCUGCUGGUAGUUUAGCAAUACUGUUUCUACCUAAAAGUAUUGCACAUUUCUUUGAAAACAUAAGGACUAGUGUACCAACCUCUAUAAACUUUUCUUACAGUAGAAUCAAAUACUUCCCAACAGGACAAGUUUUUAGAAGAGUUUCUGAUUCAAUCAAGAUUAUUUUACAUUUCUUCUAUCCCCACAUUUGUCAUCUAUAUUAUCAAGCUUUUUAACUCUAAAUCCACUCCCACCCACCACAUAGACACUACUGAAUCUUUUUUUGUGAUAGCACUAGGCCACUUUAAUUGUGCCAGGAGGGGGAGAUCUAAUCAAAAUUGGCUUAUUGACUCAGUCCUUUGUCAACCCCAAUCUCAUUUUCAUGACCGAAUUACAAACCACGUCCAAAGGAACUAUACCAAAACUCUAAUUAAAGCUUAAAAUUUCACUUCUUUGUGCUUUAAGGUAGCCGGAUUUCUGUUUUUAUGGGAAGGUCAUGAUGAACGUAAGUAUGUAAUGAAUGAAACUUCUUAAAAUAAUUUGUAAAUUUUGCCUGAGUAGGGUGGUAGUCCUCUUUGCAAUCAAAAUAAUUUACUGAGCAUAUCAUCUAUGAACCCUAUUAAUCUAUAAUUUUAAUGUGAUUUAAGUAAAAACAUAAUGUUCAAGGAAAGAGCAGUCAUCAAUCUAUUUCAUUUUAAGCCAUAUAGUAUUUAAUUUGUGUCAAGAACAAAUAAGCUGCCCUUUUAAAAAUAUGCACAUGAAUGCUUUCUGAGGCAUAGAAGUACGCUAAGCCUUAACAUUUCAUACUUUCUUACAAAUCUUCUCGAAGGGAAGAUUAAUUCUCAGUGCAGAUGGAGAAACUGUGGUACCAAGGAGAAGUGAUUAGUUUCAAGUCGCAUAAUUCUUCCACUGACUUGCUGGGACUGGUAUUCAGCUAUUGACAGCCAGCCCCAUAUGUUAAGGUAACAACUUUGAAUCUCCCAAUUUGAGAACCAAUGUGUAUGGUUAGGAAUAAAUUCAGAUUAAUCAACCUCCAAUGGUGAUUAUUGUUACUGCAAAGACCAUUAUUUGAGUGAUUCAUUACAGUAGAAGAUUUUUAUUUGUGAGUAUUUCAAUAAAGUUUGUGUUGACACUGUUUAUCUACUGAAGCACUUUAAUAAAAAGAAAAUCGAACUAGAGUUAGAAAUUGGGUCUUUAAAUUCUUCAACAUAAGAGAAUCUUAUAGACUUUAGAUACAAAAAGGAAAGAUAAUUAAAGAGCAUGAAUAUAUAAAACCUCCUAUUAGUAUUCCCUGGGAGUAGACAAAUAUAAGCAACUGCAAAAUCUCAGUGACUUAUGACAAAGUUUUAUUUCUUGUUCAUGGGUUUGGGGAUCAGCUGCAGCUGUGCUUAACUCAGGUUGGCUUACUAGAUUGGUUCUGCUCCAUUCGUCGUCUUCUUCUGGCACUAGACUGAUGGGCUUGGCCCUACCUGGGAUAUACUGUCCUCAUAGUAAAGGGCAGGAGCAAAAGACCAAACCAUACCAUGCAAGCACCUUUAAAGCUCCUGCUUGCAUGUGGCAUAAAUCAAAUUGCUCAUAUUCCAUUGGCCUGAAGCAAUUCACAUGGACAAGCCAGCCACUGGGCCAGAGAAGCUCGCUAGAGAAACGGAACCAAUUGGCAACCAGAUUGCCGUAGACAGUGAGAUACAGCAGCUUCCCAUGAACUCUUGAGAUUGGUAGUGGGACUUUCUUAGAGAUUCUUGAGAAUUUCAGCAGAUUUCCAGGGAGCAUUUGAACCUACCCAUUUCAGGGCUUUGUGCUGCUAUUUUCUUUCUUUUUUAAAAAAAUUAAAGUUUAUUGGGGUGACAAUGGUUAGUAAAGUUACAUAGCUUUCAGGUGUACAAUCCUGUAAUACAUCAUCUAUAUAUCACAUUGUGUGUUCACCACCCAGAGUGCUGAUAUUUUCAGUUGUGGCUUUCUUGACCUUUGUCCACAAUUCCCCUGCUCUUCCACAUAACAAUAACCUCUGUUAUAUAAAGACAAUCCUAUAGACAAGUGUUUUGAUGGUUUCUGUUUCUCCCCCCGAGUAGUUGUGUUUGAAUUCUUUGCUGUAGUUCUUGAGGUAGCCCAUAUUUACAAUAAAACUAGCUGAGAAUAAGAAUGUCGCUGUGGUUCUGGAACACAAAUGACACUGGUUCAUACAACAAUCAAAUUCAUGACCUUGAUCUCAUCAAUGCUGUAAUUGGUGAGUUAAGUAACCACCUUAAUAUCCAGGCUAGGUCAAAUAUGAACUUGGCUACUCUUUUGGCACUCUGGGAUGCUACAUGCUAAGUGUGUGUUUAGGGUGAUUUGCAGAGGCUAACAAAGUCCUGCUAUUAUCUCAGAAAUACUGGGCAUGGCCAAUUAACAUCUGUUCUACCUAUAAUUCCGGGCCAGGCUUUUCUGUAUUAGUGUGAUAAAAGAAUAUCUUCUGUAAUAAAAAAUGUUUUACAAAAUACAGAAUUUAGCUAUAAACAUUUGUGAAACACUCAGUAGAUUCUAUAGCAGCCAGUACUAUCUUACAUGUGUUUAAUACUGGUACAUAUUUUAUAUGAUGCUUUUCAACACAAGAGACAUCAAAAAUUUUGGAGUAAAUAUGGCCACAGCAUGAUUUUAUUAUGUAU